CUCCCUAAUAGGAUUACCUGUCACAAGCUGGGAUGCCCAGGCGGCAUCUCAGCGUGUGACACAAUUCUCUGCAAGUGGGGACACGCUAUUCCACGGCUAUUUUCAAUUUUUUCGCUUCUUUGAGAUUUUGCAGAUGUAGGGCUCAUAAUUACCAGUGAUUGGACCACCUAGGGGUUUAUGUGUUUGAAGGUUUAAAUGGUGAAGAGGUAAUAACAGAGUGUCAUGGGGCUGCUGGAUAAACUGUCGGGCUGGCUCGGCCUGAAGAAGAAAGAGGUCAACGUUUUGUGUUUGGGGCUGGACAACAGCGGCAAGACCACCAUCAUCAACCAACUGAAGCCGGCGAAUCGUUCGAAUCAUGUAGGCCCAUUGUCAGAGGAGUGGAAACAUGUUAGUCAGACCCAGGCACAAGAAAUAGUCCCAACAAUUGGCUUCAACAUUGAAAAGUUCAAGAGUUCAAGCCUGUCGUUCACAGUGUUUGAUAUGUCCGGGCAGAGCAGAUACAGAAACCUGUGGGAGCAUUACUACAAAGAGAGUCACGCCAUCAUCUUUGUCAUCGACAGCGGAGACAAACUGAGGAUGGUCGUUGCCAAAGAGGAGCUCGAUAUUCUUCUUAACCACGAGGAUAUCCGCAGCAAAAAGAUACCAGUGUUGUUCUUUGCUAACAAGACGGACCUGCGGGACGCCAUGUCUUCUGUCAAGGUCUCACAGAUGUUGUCGUUGGAGAACAUCCAAGACAAACCCUGGCACAUCUGUGCCAGCAACGCUAUCAAGGGAGAGGGCCUCCAGGAAGGGCUGGACUGGCUGCAAGAGCAAAUUGCACAAUCACAUCAAAACAAUGAACAAAUGAACGACUGAAAGGUUUGUGACCAGGGACGAGUCGUGGAUGCAGUAAUCUCAAUCUCAUCCACCUAACGGAGUAUUCAUCACACUUAAUGUUGCAGGCCUUAAACUUAAAUGUGAAGUAGCCUAGUACUUCCUGUUCAUGCUACAAGUUUGACACCAUGUUUCUUUAAGAAAGUACUUAUAGUAUAAUUUGUAUGACUACUGUGUUUAAACGUAAAGCUCUAUGUUGUGCUUACAUCUUAUAAGUAAGCAAAUGUAAACAGUCUGAAUGUAUUCCUUUUAAAUAAAAACGUUGAAAAAUGUCA